CCUCCCCGUCCCCGAGCCACCUUUCCUUUUCCCGUUUUCCCACCCGGCCCGAGCUCCAAGAACUCACUCACUCUGCCACUCCCACACUCGCGCGCUCUAAGAACUCGCCCUCGCCUCCGCCGCCAAGCCGAGCCAAGAACACUGCACGCGCGACGGCAAUGGCGAUGGCAGCGGCGGCGGGGGAUGGGGCGGCGAGCGAGCCGGAGCUGGUGUCGAUCCCGGCGACGCCGCACGGGCUGUCGACGCCCGAGGGCGCGGCGACGCCGACGGGGGCGGGCGGCGGCGGCGGCGUGGCGGGAGGAAGCCGGGGAAAGGGCGCCGGGACGCCCGGGCGGCGGGUGGUGGAGGGCCUGCGCGGGUACCUGGAGGACGUGGGCCACCUCACGCGCCUCGACCCGCGCGACGCCUGGCUGCCCGUCACCGAGAGCCGCGGCGGCAACGCCCGCUACGCCGCCUUCCACUCCCUCAACGCCGGCCUCGGCUUCCAGGCGCUCCUCCUCCCGCUCGCCUUCCUGGGGCUCGGAUGGAGCUGGGGGAUAAUAUCUUUGACUAUUGCUUAUUUCUGGCAACUGUACACACUCUGGAUCCUAGUGAAGCUUCAUGAGGCUGUCCCAGGCAGGAGGUACAACAGAUAUGUGGAGCUUGCACAGGCUGCUUUCGGAGAAAAACUGGGAAUGUGGCUGGCUCUUUUCCCAACUAUUUAUCUGUCGGCAGGCACUGCAACUGCGUUGAUCCUCGUUGGAGGGGAGACGAUGAAGCUCUUCUUCCAAAUAGUGUGCGGCCCAAUCUGCUCGCCGAGUCCCAUUACGACCGUCGAGUGGUACUUGGUGUUCACAUCCUUGGCCGUAGUUCUUUCUCAGCUUCCAAAUCUCAAUUCCAUCGCUGGGCUUUCUCUCAUUGGUGGUGCAACAGCAAUAAUGUACUGUACUAUGACCUGGAUUCUCUCGAUCAGCCAACCGCGACCACCGACAGUCUCCUAUGACCCCGUGAGAUCAGCUUCUUUCGGAACAUCCUUAUUCUCAACCUUGAACGCCCUUGGAAUAGUAGCCUUUGCAUUCAGAGGGCACAAUCUUGCACUGGAAAUACAGGCAACAAUGCCGUCGACCUUCAAACAUCCAGCGCAUGUGCCAAUGUGGCGGGGGGCUAAAGUCGCCUACCUCCUGAUUGCAAUGUGCCUCUUCCCUGUCGCCGUCGGAGGCUACUGGGCCUACGGGAAUAUGAUGCCACCAGGAGGGAUGCUGGCCGCGCUCUACGCCUUCCACAGCCACGACACCCCGCGGGGCCUCCUCGCCACGACGUGCCUCCUCGUCGUGCUCAACUGCCUCAGCAGCUUCCAGAUCUACUCCAUGCCGGUCUUUGACAGCUUUGAGGCCUACUACACGGGACGCACCAACCGGCCAUGCUCGACCUGGGUGCGGUCGGUGUUCAGGGUCUUCUACGGGUUCCUCUCACUGUUCAUCAGCGUGGCGCUGCCGUUCCUCUCCAGCCUCGCCGGUCUGCUCGGCGGGCUGACGCUGCCGGUGACCUUCGCCUACCCGUGCUUCAUGUGGAUCCGUGUGAAGAAGCCGGAGAAGUUCAGCUUCAGCUGGUACCUGAACUGGGGCCUCGGGCUGCUUGGCACCGCGUUCAGCCUGGCGUUCUCGCUAGGUGGCGUCUGGAGCAUCGUCAGCAACGGGAUGAAGCUCAAGUUCUUCAAGCCGCCCAAUUAGAUAUACAGAUUACUUGGUGCAUCUGCAUGUUAUUAUUAGAUGGAAAUUAGUUUGUGGAACUGAAUUAGUGUCAUAUAUAUAUGGUUCUGCUGCAUAACUCUAUGCCUUGAUAAGAGCUAAGAACAAUGGCAUGUAUAUAUGUGAUGGUUGGGAAUGUGGA